UCAUGGGGUUUGUAUUUUUUCUUAGUUGGUUUAUCCAAAGGAUAACUUAGUGAAUAACUAAAUAAAAUGCAAUUGCAAGGUUUUCACUGUCUAUAUGCCCAGAGAUUAUUGCGGUUGAAAAUUGGGCUAACAUCAACAGAAGUGUAAGAUAAACCUUGAUUUUUCCUAUUUUUCACUAACCUGAUUACUGCUUGAGUCAUCAGAUCCGGUUGAAUUUCAGCAGUUAAUUUCUAUAUCACAAGUAAAUAUGCUUGGUAUUAUCAGUUAUUAUCAUCAUAUUGAGUAAUCUAGGAAUAUCUGAAAAGCUACAAGGUAAUUACAAAACACGUACAAUGUCUAUAGUAUAAGUAAAAUGGGUUUUGACAAUUAAUUGGGUAACUUUUACCAAUCAUUAUUACUUAUACACAUCUCUAACCAAAUGCAGGUUUAUGUUUUCAGACCGUUGAUCACAAUUUUUGUGGUAGAGUUAAUAAAACCAGUCGUUCAAACUGAACCAGGCGAUUAAAUCUUUGAAAUGUCGAAAUCGAAACACCCAAAUGCCCAUUACGAAUGGAUAUAUCUUAGUACAAUUUGCGUCAAAGUCCAACAGUUUCUUUUUUUAACAGUUUAUGUACUGUUUUCUUUUUUCACAUUUUACCUUGAUCAUACUAUUACAUCAACUUCAUUCUUAUCACAUUUUAACUAAUUUAGUCCACACUAAUUCACGUCGGAAUAUCUAUCUCUCACUUAACAGUUAUGAAAGCUUGAAAAGAUUUGCUCAGCGUGGUGAUAAAACCAAAUCUCUCACUACCAAUCAAUAUCUCACAUAUGCUGCUUUAUCAGGUAUGAUUACACUUUCAAUUGUAAAUCCAAUUUGGGUGAUUAAAACUAGAUUAUGUUUACAGUAUGAAAAAGUAACAAAAUCUUUUCCGAAAUCUCAAAUUACAAAUCCAUCAUUAGUAAUACAUUCUCAAUCUACAUGGCAUGCUUUGCAUAAUCUAUGGAUUCAUGAAGGUUUUGCUGGGUUGUAUCGUGGUUAUGUACCCGGUUUAUUCGGUGUUAGUCAUGGUGCUAUCCAGUUUAUGUUUUAUGAACAUUUUAAAAAUUCUUAUAAUACACGUUAUCGAGGAAAGUCAGUUAGUGAGAAACUGUCCGCUGUCGAGUACCUAACAUUUUCAUCUGCUUCUAAACUGAUCGCAGCUGUAAUAACUUAUCCAUAUCAAGUUGUUCGUUCAAGAAUGCAAGACCAGCAUAGGAAAUACGAUGGUGUUACUGAUGUUAUUCGACAAUUAUGGAGAGGUGAAGGUGUUCUUGGAUUUUAUAAAGGACUUGUUCCAUAUGUACUCCGAUGUACUCCUGCUUGUGGAAUUACAUUUCUUGUAUAUGAAUAUAGUUUAAUCAUAUUUGAUUGGAUCAAAUGACAAUAAUUAGCUUUCGAUUAUAUAUAGUUAAUUACACUUAAUUUGUUUUACAUGUAGAUUUCCUUGACUUAUAUUUUGUAGCAUUUAUAUGUAUAUACCAGUGAUCAUAAUUAUUCUGAUCUGUACAUUGUUCUCAAUUCAAUUCUAUCCCACUUCUACAUUUUCUGUAUUCUUAGAAUAAAUUACUUAUUAGAGUUGA